AUGGGCUCACAAGUUUCUCCAGAGAUUAUAAUCCGACUGCAGAGAUUGGAUUAUGGAUCUUGCUGGAUGAUACGCAGUUCUUACUAUUCUGUCACCAACACGAUUUAUGCAGAAGAUACCCUUCCAGAGACCCUCGCUCGCUUGGACGGCUAUCUGUUUCUCUUCAAAAACAAAAGGGCGGACAUGGCUACAAAGUCGGUCCAGGACCAGCAGAAGAAAGAGAAGCUAAUGAAAGCUGUUGAUAUGUACAAGAAGGAAAUUCAGCGGAGCUUUUCCCCGGCUUAUUGUGAAUCAAAAAGUCAUUUCCUGGAGCAGAGGAAGGAAAUAUCCAUAAAUAGAAAUAAUCAAGAGUUUCAUCAAAUACGUGAAAAGGUUCCAUUUAGUCAACCUGCCCAACAUGUACACGAGGAAAGGAGGGGCGCACAAGUCAAAUCUCCAGUUCUGAUUGCCAGGGAUACAAUGCGCAGAAUUGAACAGGAGGGUCAUUGUCAAGGAGAAAUGGUGACCAUUCAGACCCGGAGAAGCCAAACACGGCACGGAAAUGAGACACCCAGGAAGAAAGCCUAUCAGGACCCUGAGAAGAAAGCCUACAGUGGAGACAUUCUGGAUAAACACGCUGCAUGGUUUACCAGCACAAAACUAUGUUUCAAGCCUCGGUUAUUAAAGAAGUCAGCCCAGUCCUUUCUUUCUAAUUCCAGGCAUUACAAAUCUCCCAAAAAAACAAAUGCUGCCCCUCAGCCAAGAAGUGACCACCAUGGUGCUGAGCAUCUCGGAGAAGUGGAAAGGUAAUAUUCUGCAUAUGGAAGAAUAAGAGGGGUAAAGGUUUCUGGCAU